AUGGAUAAGCUUUAUUCCGAACUCAUCUGCCCUGAGAGCCAAUUCGAUAUACCAAUAAUUCGAUAUAACGAUAGAAAAUGCAUUCGACACGUUCAUGAAGAAGCAAUCAUUACACUCACGACAGCAGCACACCCUGCAGCACAUGAAGUGCACCAGUUGAUCGACCCAGUUGCACUCAAUAAAGAAUCCACUCAAGAUACAAUUGAUAGCCAAUAUGACACUGAGGAUGAUGCUGAUCUGCAUUAG